CCUACAAACAUCACAUGAUGUGACAUGAAUAGUGUGACACAGUCAACGGCAAAGUGAUCUAAAUAUUGCACUCCCAUGUCGAUCUUACCUGCAGCAGGCCCAAGAAUCACUAGAACACUGGUGUCAGAAGGCUCUUCACCGUCGGGUUCUAGCUCAAAUGCAUCCUCUGAUAGCGACUCGGGCUCGGGCUCGGACUCUGACUCUGACUCUGACUCGGACGACGAAGAAAUCACUCAAGAAUACUUACAGUCUCUUUUGGACAAAGCAAAAUCGAACGCUCGACAGUCAGCCAACUUGAAAAAGGCACUCCGAGAAAAUGCAUUCGGUGCUGGAGAGGACAUUAUUAAAUUGGGUGGUGACGACUCAGAUAGGCCAUUGCCACCAUUAGAUCCCGGAGAACUUCCGCCUGCAUAUUUUGAAUUUGUGGAAGGUCGACGUGACGCCCCAGCGACUGUACGAGACCCAGACAUCCAACUUGCAGAAGCAGCCACCUCUGGAAUCGUUGCUCCUGCACCCCCUCCAAAACCCAUGCUUACCGGCAAAAUGUCGAACAAAAAACAGCGAAGAGCUAUGAGAAACCAAACUGCUGGACCAAGCUGGUUUGACCUUCCGGCACCCGCUGAAGCUGAUUUGCCUCGAUUGCACCGUGAAGUAGAAGCUCUUCGGCUGCGCAAUCAACUAGACCCCAAGCGUUUCUACCGGAAAGACGACGGCGAUGGGAAGGGUAUUAAAGGACUUCCAAAACACUUCGCUAUCGGCACCAUUGUUACUACAAACACACCGUUUGGCACAGCAAGUACGGACAACCUUCCUCGUGCUCACCGCAAGAGAACUUUUGUCGAUGAGUUAGUCGAUGAUGCAGAAGCACGACGAUAUGCGAAGAGGAAGUUUGAGGACCUACAGGCCGUGAGGGGGGCGAGAGGAAAGAAUACAUUACACCAAAAGCAAGCGUUGCGCAGGCCGAAGUGGUAAUUGCACUCACCUAAGUCGUGCUAUUUGCUUGUCAGACGGCAAUUCAACGAUAAAAAAGUAAGGUAGACGUUUACUUUCAGCUGUCGAAGUUCUAGGUGGUCUACAAUUGCGCCGCAAAUUGAUUUUACUAUGGCGUACACCAGCGUACACGGUAACUAGCAGAAGAUUAUGAUACAAUGCGCUCGGGAUCUAUGUAACGCUAAGGAUAGGCUCUAAUUAACUUUACAUUUGAAUCACCACAAA